CUGGCCGCUUCGGUCGCCACUCUUCGAGGAAAUCAGCAACCCCCGUGCCGCACUGAUCUUCACGUGCGGAGCCCAUCAAGCCUAUCAAGCAUACUGGGCUCCUCUCGCUCUGCUCACUCGUUGACCUGUAGCGUCGCGCAACUUUGUUUUGGCUUGCACUCCGAGAUUUGUUGACACUUUUUCUCGAGAUAGUUUUGAGAUCUUCUUGCGAGAGCGCGUCUGAUGUUGUUGACGCUGCGACCGGAUCCCCGAUCGACGUCGAUCGCAGCGUUGGAUGAUCUUUACGAGUUGGAGUCUGCAUUUUAGUGGGUUUGGGUUUUGGCUCCGCCGUUUUGGUGCAACUGCGUAAUGCCGGUUAGUUCCUGUACCGUGAGAUCUAUAGUUUGUAGUCGCGUGCAGAGGCUUGAGUGAAUUUGUUGUUGAGACGUGGUUGCGAUGCAUGAGGUUUACUUCAUGGCGUUGAUCUUUGGUGGGAGCCAGCGGGCAGUCGGCCGGGAUUUGAGGUAGAUGAUGUGUCAUUGUUUCUCUUGACGAAGUUCGGGAAGCGAUGUGCGAGACGGGAGGGACACAGAGAUCGUGCUUUUUUUAUGACCACAGGAUCGUUGGUUGCUUCAUUUUGUCGAUGGAACAAGCUGAGUAGCGCAGUGCGGCUACACGUCGAAGAAGCUCGGUUUUGAGUGACAGAUUGAUACGAGAGCCUCUGGAUUUGAACACUUGUGGAUUUCAAGGAGAUUUUUUGAACUGUAGCCACAAUGAACGACCUUUUCUCGAGGUCGUUCGGCAGAGAGGGAUCUAACUAUGUGGAUCUGAAGAAGGAUUCACGGAAAGGAGAUGUUGAGCUUGGGGAGAAGUCUGUGGCAGGGGGUCCUGAGAUAGACAUGGGCCCGUUCUUUGCCGAAGUGGACAAAAUUAAGAGUGAGAUGGAAAAAAUCAAGCAAUUGCUUGCCAAGGUCCAAGGUGCCCACGAGGAGAGUAGGACGGUUAGCAAAGCACAGGCUAUGAAAGAUUUGAGGGUGCGCAUGGACAACGACAUCAAGCAAGUUACGAAGAUUGCCAAAACGAUCAAAUCAAAAUUAGAGGAGCUUGAUAAAGCCAAUGUCGAGAACAGGAAAGUGCGAGGCUGUGAGGAAGGAACUCCAACCGAUAGGACGCGUGUAUCCAUCACCAGCACUCUUCGAAAAAAGCUCAAGGAUCUGAUGGGAGAGUUUCAAAUUCUCAGGCAGAAUAUGAACGAAGAGUACAAGGAAACGGUGGAACGCAGGUACUACACAGUGACAGGAAAACAUGCAGAUGACGAGACCAUAGAGACAAUCAUUGAGACAGGAAACAGCGAGACAUUCCUACAGAAAGCGAUUCAGGAGCAGGGCCGAGGACAAGUCCUGGAGACGAUCAAAGAAAUACAGGAACGCCACGACGCAGUGAAGGACAUAGAGAGAAACCUUCUAGAGCUUCACCAGAUCUUCAUGGACAUGGCCACGCUCGUCGACGCUCAGGGAGAGCAGUUGAACGACAUCGAGCAACAGAUGGGCAAGGCGUCUUCCUUCAUAGCAAGAGGCGCGCAAAACCUGCAGGUUGCGAAGAACAAUCAACGGAGUAGUAGAAAAUGGUGCUGCAUUGCCAUCAUCCUCCUCAUCAUUCUACUCCUGAUCCUCGUCAUCCCCAUUCUCCAUUCCUCGGGUCUUAUAUAACCUCUCACUCUUGAUGCGUAUCUUUGGAACCCAUGUCGAUACCCUUCCGAGCUAUUUCAUGUAGAGAGUGGGAUUCACCAACAUGUUAACAGUUCCAUGCCAUCUGUAGCUGAUUCUAGUCACUAACCUCGUGAAAAUUGUCACUGUAAAGUUUAGCUAACGGAAGCUCCUUUGCUGCAAGCUUCAGACAUGUGCCCAUUUUCUUCACUCAGAUGCUGUGGGAAUGCUUGAACGUUAGGGCCCAUUCUUCAACAGAUUCGGAACUUUUGUGUCGAUCCGCCGUGCUAUAAAUAUACUCACGCCUUCGACAUUA